AUGAUGUCUUCGACCUGUGGGUCUUGUGGUGAAUCAUUAACAGAUGGGCCUCGAUGCUCAAUGUGUCACUUGGAAUUUCACUAUGGGUGUGCAGGCAUUACGGAAGGUGGUUAUAGAAGAUUGGGCGACCGAAAGCUGAAUUGGAGGUGUCCAAAGUGCAAGCAACCGGGUCUCCAGUCACCACAACCUUGUUUGACCCCCACUAGUCCCGAUAUUGUGCUCGAAAUAAGGGCCCUGGCAGUGAAAUUACAAGCAUUGGAUCCCAUGGCUGCUGAUCUCAAGGUAUUGCGAUCGGAGGUGUCGGACCUCAAGGAUCAGAUCUCAGAGGCUAAUAGUUCCAUACGACUUUUUAACGGCAGAGUCAGUGCAUUGGAGGAGCGAAUGACCCAGGUUGAAAAAUCCCAGGAGCAGGUCGAGUUACUGCACGCGGAAGUGAAAAAUAUGAAGGUUGAGGUGAAUGCUAGGGAGCAAUGGUUGCGCAUUAACAAUGUGGAGGUCAAAGGUAUCCCUCAGACCAGUAAUGAAAACCUAUAUACUAUUAUUCAAUCCAUAGGGUCGAAAGUUAAUUAUUGUUUACAAAAACAAUUGAUUAGUUUCAUUACAAGAGUGCCAACCAGAGAGAAAAGCCAGCCGUGUCCAAUCAUUGUCUCAUUUGCCAAUCGUUAUGUGAAAGAGGACUUCUUAGCCGCGUGCCGAGCAGCUAACAAAGUGAAGUUACUUACAUCAUCUGAUUUGGAGCUCAGGGGGAAUACCAACAUUUACGUGAAUGAUCAUUUGACCGUGCAAAAUAAGGAACUUCUUCAAAAAACAAAGAAAGUUGCAAAGGAAAAAAAUUUUGCUUAUACAUGGGUCAAACACGCAAAGAUAUUUUUAAGAAAGAACGACACGUCUCCGAUUAUUUGUAUAAGAUCCGAAGUAGAUUUAUCAAAAAUACAUUAG